AUGUCUGCUCUUCCAGUUAAACCUGGUCUGAGACACAAUGUGCCGGAGUGGGACAGUAACAACCAGGAGCUGAGCAGCACAGCACAACAUGAGCGACUCGUGUCCAACGUGAUCCGUCAAGAGGGACGGGCCCUACGCAACGAAACCAGCUGGAAGACAAACUGGGAUGAGAGCGAUACAUCUCGCCGGUUGAGUGACCGGGUCUGGGACAUCGCACGGUGGAAGGAGACACUGGAAGACUGUGCACAGAAAGUGGAUGAUGAAAUGGAAGCUCUGACUCUGUGUAAAGAACAAACUGAACAGGCCCUGGCCGCCACUGUUGUCCCUCUGGAGGUCAGCACUGAAUGUCUGACACUCAGAGAUGGACGCCGAGGCUACGAGCUGGUCUUCGACCCCGUGGAUGAGCAGCUGAAGAAAGAGGUGGAGCUGAUUGAACGUAUACAGCAGGUUCUGCAGCAGCACAUAGACAAGAUGUUCGAGCAUCUGUGUGUUUUACAAGAGAUUCGGCAUCAGCUGACUGCUGACCUUCAGAACAAGAUGGACGCUCUGGACAUCGAUAUGACCUGUUUGUCUCUUACAAUAAAGUCAGCACAGAUCUCACUGAAGACCAACCCCACUCGUAUUCCUACAGGUUCGUGCACCCCUCAGGAGUGGGUCCAGUUCAGUCAGUAUAAUGUGGCUUGUGCUCAUGAGGCGAUGCAAGUGUCCCAGCAAAUGAGGGAGGAGAUUAGUCUCAGCAGAGCUCAGCUGCAAAAUGAGUUGGAGUGUCAGCGCAGAGCCACAGAGUUCGCUCUCCGAAAGCGAACUCACCAUGAAGAGCAGGCCUGCGAUGAGCUGGAAUGGCAAAUAAAAAACACUGAAAAUGAAAUGGCAGACAUGGAGAGUGACAUCCAGGGUUUGGAUGCAGAUCUGCAGGCGAAGACAGCGUCUGUGAAACUGGCCCACACCAGACUGGAGAACAGGACCCAGAGACCUGGGAUGGACCUGUGCAGAGACGAGGUCCAGCAUGGCCUCGUACAUGAAGUCCAUCAACUGGAGGCAACGAUUCUGGCCCUGAGACAGAAACUCUCUGAAGCUCAACACUCACUGCAGAAGAUGAAGCUUCAUCACUCUCGUAUGUUGGAGGAUCUGUCUAGAAAACAACAAGCCCUGUCUCUGGAGCAACGAAGCAUGAACACCCGAACGCGCCUCAGGUCGACCUCCGGCAUUCAUACGACACCGGUGCCUCUGGUCCCAUUGGCAAACUCCAGUGGAAGGAGCAACCUGCAGCUGCUGGCUCAGUGAACGCCUCACAC